UGUCUUUUUUACCCAGAAGCCUACAGAUCUGCCAGCGAGUAUACCAUAGCGUUGUGUCAUUUGUUUUCCUUCCUAGUAUACCCCGUAUACCCGCCAUACCCGGCCGUCAGAGCCUCAGCUUCAGUAGCAGUAGCCUGCUUGCCUGGAGACUGCCUAGGGGGCGCAUCCGUAUCUUCCAGGAGAACAGCAGGUCUCUUCCUGCAUCCAUACCAUCUAUACCACCUAUACCUCCGCCUACGUCUACAUCUGUAUCAUCUUCUACCUCUGGUGGCCCAUCUGGUGGCAGAGGUGAUUCUUACCUCCCUCGUAAGUGCGUGCUCAGUCUCUAUGCUUCUAUCCUCUGUCCUCCAUCUCCAUUUCCAUCGCCAUAGCAACAUGAAUGAAGACUCUCACUUCACUUCACUUUGCCUGCCCGCUUAUCUCACCCACACAAAGACGCGCUUCUCCCUCCCUCAAUAUCAAAACGUCACAAUAUUUUCUUUCCCCUCUUCUUUUUGUCCUCUCAACAACAUCACCACGUCUAUCACCGUCUUUACAGCGUCAACGUCUACUCACCAUCCUUGCUUUAUAACGUUCAAGUCUCCUCUACCAUCUGCUCCUUUGUCUACCUCUGCUCUGCCAAAUAAAUCAGAUCGGCUCUCUCGACGUCACCGGCUUCAAAGCUCAAGGUCUUGACAUCUUGUCUUCUCUCCUUUUACCACCUUGCAAGACUGUCAAAGCCCUUUUUACUCUUCUAUCACGUUCAAAGACGUCUGUCACUGUCUUCUUUAUCCUCUCUACCGCGUGUAUCAGGUCUAUCAGACCGUCUUCUCUCUCGUUGCCCUUCUAUCACGCCCAGAGACUCCUGUUUACCCCUUACCAAAUCUUCUUCAACCACGCGUAUCAAGACUAUCAAGUCUUCUCUACGUCUACCAAGACCGUCGCGUUUAUAUCCACCUCUAUCAAGGCCUUUGUAGCUUUAAAGCUCAAAGUCUUCUCUUCUACGCGUCUCACGUCUUCAGACUGCUACCAAAGUUCCCUUACAAACCUCUAUCAAAUCCAUCACAGCCACUCUACAAUCAUCACAAUGGCCUUUCAAUCAGAGCAGAUGGAAUGGGAGCCUACUACCCCCAUCAGAACUCUUCUUCCAGGACAAGUUCUAACUUUACAGCGCGAAUUACUCGUUGCUCGUGCAGGUCGAAGACGCACCAUGGGACUAGAAUAUCCCACCACUGCAGCCGACCACCGUCCAGCACUCACCAGACGUCCUCUGGAGAGAAGCUCGCCCAAAAGGCAGUGGGCUCGUAUCCUAGCUGGCGUCGAUGUCAGGUUUGGAGAAGCCCCGCCUGCUGCUCCAGAGAAUGGUCCCGUUGCUCAGCCUUGUUUACCCCUGAACAAGGACUCGCCUCCUAUCACGCCUAGAAAGCGCGUUAUUGAAGAAGUCGACGAGCCAGAGCAGUAUGAAGACCGUUUCUCUGACCAGAAUGGACAGGAAGCAUCCUCGUCUGUACCAAACGUUAUUGAUUCCCCUCAAGAUGUCUCAAUGAUAGAUGUCUUCACUCCUCCCCAUCAGUCCCAGGAAGCCGCUCUCGCUCAACCUAGCCCACCACAAGUGGAAGAAACCGCGUCCUUGCUAGAAGCUAUAGGUCUCAGGAGUCCCGAGGGCACGAGAGUGAAGCGACCUAACUGGUUUGAGCUACAAAACAGAAAUCGAGAUGGCAUGGCAGGCUCAAGCCUUGAGGCAUCACUGCAAUUCGGCAGCUCAAGCCACGGAGCUGUCGAUGUCAAUUCACUUCUUUCGCAAAUUCCAGGCAGCUGGCCGGCGUCCCCGCCCAGAUCCCUGGCGGCGCCAGUUGACCUGCCCGUCCAGCCCUCUCCGGAGGUAAAGGACGCUCCGCCAUCACCAAACUCUCGAGCUCGAGAGUUUAUGAUGGUGGGGGGCAUAGAAUAUGCCGGCCCGGAAGGAAGUACAGUGGUGCCUCGCCCGGCUGACGUCCCCAUGACAUCCUUACAGCCUGAGUCACGCCUUCUCAAGACUGUGGAGUGCCUCCGGUCUGUUUACAGUUUGCCAAAGUGUUUAAUGGACUGCUAUGGCUGGACAAUGCAAACCAGCAAGAAUAUGAUUUCGUCGGCGAAGAGAAUAGCCAUCGAUUCAUGGACGUCCCAGACCUCGCAGCCUACCCCCUUACCCGCUGCUACAAGGCAAUCUCCACGCAGAAGAACCGAACCGAGACGUGACCGGAAGCUCCAGGGCUCGAGCAUGGAGCAGCGUCGCGCACGCCAACUCCAAGAAAAGCGCAUGAAGAGAAAGAAGACAGCAUCCCGCGCUGUCCGCGAGCUACAGUCCAGUAUUACAGCAAAGCUUUACGUUCCUGAAGCAAAGCCAGUGUCUGUGCCGUCUGCUGCUCCUGCUCCUGCUCGGUUAGACCAGCGAGGCGUCUCUCGCCGCCGUCGAUCGAAGACUACUAAAAGUUCGAUCGAGAAAAUCAUGCCGCACAAGCCUGGUUUCGCUAUUGCACCAGGCCGCGUUACCAAACAACGCAUUGUGCGGCCGGCAAAAGACACCUUCAGAGGAUCGAUAAUUGAAUAUCGAGGCUAUCGCCCAGAUGCCUCGUUUGAGGAGAGACGUCGGAGAGUCGAAAAGCUGAACUUGGAUUUCGUUUUAAAAUCCCGGCCUGCCCAAGUUCUCCUACCUGAGCCACAACAACAACCCGAGUCACCCGUCGCGCCAGUGACUUCAGAGCUCAGCGAGACCUCCGAACCUCCGCCACCCGCCAGUGCUUCGGUGCUAUCUAUUACCCCUGGACCGUGUAUCACCACCACAAAGCCAUCAAUCCCAGAGGGUGUAACACCCACCGACUCAUCUCGUAUAGAUGAGUCGUACGAUGGCUAUACACCGAGACCAGCAGGCCCACGCACUCGGCGGCGAGUACACUGGCAUGAAGCCAGUGGUGCUCCACUCGGACAGCCAGUUGUUGACAUCCGCGUCUAUGACCCCAGCGCUCCAGUUAGACCAGCAGCAGGGGUGGAAGACAGUCAACAGCCGGCACACACAACUAUUGGCGACAAGUCACCAGAGGGCCCUUUCAUCAAGCCCAUCAGCAGCAAAUGGGACUCGCGUCUCACUGCUGAUAUGUCCCUUCCCGAUUACCGACAGGUUGGGACAACGAUCUCUGGUGACCCCCUGACCCGUAAGGAUUUUGCGACAUGCUACACCCCGUUAGCGUGGCUCAAUGACGAGGUGAUAAACGCAUACCUCGCAAUAAUCCUUGACUACGCUCGAAGGGCAUCGGGCAGUUCAGGGAGGCACCGGGAGCCCAAAUACCACGCCUUCAAUUCAUUCUUCUACUCUAGUCUCAGGGACCGAGGCUACGAGUCCGUACGGCGUUGGGCUUCCCGGGCUAAGAUUGGGGGUCCGGCCUUGUUGGGGGUAGAGGUGGUUCUCAUCCCUAUCCACAACCAAGCGCACUGGACCCUCAUGGUCGUCAAACCGAAGGCUCGAACCAUAGAGUACUUCGACUCCCUAGGCGGCGCUUCACGAGCUCACAUCGACCGAGUGAAGGAAUGGCUCCAGGGAGAGUUGUGUGACCUCUUCGUCGAAGAGGAAUGGCGGGUUCUCCCGACGAACUCUCCACAACAGGACAACGGCAGCGACUGUGGCGUGUUCCUCCUAACUACUGCUAAGUUGGUGGUGUUAGGCUUGCCUCUCUCAUAUGGGGCGAGAGACAUUCCCACGAUCCGCAAGAGGAUCGUUGCCGAAAUCCUCAAUGGAGGGUUCGAAGGAGAUUUCGACCCGAAGGUUGAGUUCCCUGUCAGACCUAGGCUGUAAUAGCCUGAUAUCUGGUUCAUAGCUCUAUACCGGACGGAAGAAUCAAUGAACAACCUGCUUGUUUCCGAGUGUGUGUGGCGUAGAGAUGGAUGAAAGCAUCGCCUCGGAUUUUUUUUGAAUCCGCUGCACGACACGCCCAAGCUUCCUUCGGGAAUGUUUCGGGUGUGACUGUUCGACAUUGGCAGAGGUGGUUGCAGUCCUGUUGUGCCCCGAACUUUUGGGUCCUUGCAGUUCCCAUUGUCGAGGGUGCUCAGCCUGUUUUUCGCCCGAGCCUUUAUGGAGCAGACUUUCCGUUGCCAGGCAUGUUCCUUAUCCUACCUCCCUCAACAAUUUCUUGAUCCCGCUGGCGAGCUUCCGCAAAGGUCUCGGGGCGAUGGUUCCGACAAAGACGACUUCGAAGCAGGCCCUCUUCACUGAGAGCCAGUAAAGUCCUCUUCCACUAUACCAUAACCAUGAAGUCAUGUCGAUGUCGGCUCCCGAUGCCAAAGCUGCAAAUCUAGUUUGGGGAUUUGCAGAUUCAAGAAUCUACGAUAGAAAAGUGGUGUUGGAGUUUUGGGACCGCAUGUGUGCGGUG